CUUCCGAGAUGUACAAUAUGUAAUGAACUAUGUAAGACGAUGAUUAAGGGCCAGAUUAAUUCCCACUGCACUAAUGAUUCACUGUGAAAAAGAAAACAACACAGGUCUUGAUGUGCUGAUGUGAUCUGCCAGUUCAGUAUUUACUUGAGCUUCCUUGGGCUUACGAAGCUUACUCUUUAACAUUAAUGAUUCCUCUUCAUGUUAUCAAUCAUUCUUCCCUUCUCCCCCCUCUUCAUUUCUCUCCAUUCACCUGUUUUUGGACUCAAGCCCACAUUUCUGUUCUUAUAGUCCAAGGGAUAUAUGUGUAUAUGGUCAAAGAUGUAAGUGCCAGAAGUUUAUAAGCCAUUUUUAAUGCCAUAUUAGUGCUUUCUAGGCAUGCCUACUGGUUCAAAAUCACCAAUGAAAACGCAGAGGAAGUCGUUUUCUGUGAACCUGAGCACUGAAUUUUUAUGGGUCCAGCAGUUUUCCAAGAAUCUCCAUUUCUUAGAGUCUCUCUGCCUCGACUCCUCCUCUGUUAUUUCAAUAACAUAUGUUUUUAUUAUGCAUUAUAUGUUACUUUAAAACGUAUAACCACCCCAAACCCAUUGCAUAUCAUAAAUGCACAGUGUUUGUAGCGGCUGUAUGCAUUAAUCCUUCUUUACUUCUUUGAGUGUCGUCCUGCAACAACAGAUGAUGUCAUUGUGGGUGGUGCGGACCACAAACAGUUCCACGAAAAAUGUGAUGGGAAAUGUGUAAUAGGUAGAUAAUAUGUGAUCAGGAGCCUUAUUUAAGGAAAACUUAAAAGCAAAGCCUCAGUAGUCUUUUCCCCAGCAGAACAAAUGGACAAGUGGAUGUAUACUCUGUGGAUUACCUGCUGGAGAUGGCUUCACUGAGCAAAAAGAAAUGUGUUUUUUUCACCACUACUUUUAUAAGUUGUGUUCAUUCACCGCGUCAUGACCCAUUUACGGAACUGGAAGAAAAAGACUUUGAACUUCUAAAUGGAAUCAGCCCCUACCAAGGUGUUGGUUAGGAGUUCCUGCUCACCCUUCUUCAGCUGGUCCUGUGUGAGCUGGUGCUCACAGACAAAAGGCGCAACACCGGUGGAUUUGCGCCUCUCGCAAUCGGAUUGUCUGUAGGGCUGGGACACCUUGCAGGGGUGAGUCAAUCAAAACAUUCCUCUGUUUCCCCUGCCAUUAAUUUGGCAGCUGGUUUCUCCAUCUCGCCACGGCCUGAUACAAUAGAUUGGCGUAUGAACUGGUUGUAAAUCAGCCACUGUAUGUAAUCAGCUGGUGUACAGCCAGAAAGAGGCAAGCAGUGUUUUCCUGUGAUAUGGUUUGCAGAUCAGCUACACAGGAUGCGGUAUCAACCCCGCUCGAUCCUUUGGGCCUGCAGUUACACAAGACUCCUUUGACGAUCACUGGGUACGUAUUGUGGAACGUAUUUUAAGUGUCUGGUGAGUCAUUCAUAUCGUCUGUCCUGAUUGUCUUUUUAGCCUUGUUAUCCUGCAGUGACAAAAUGAACCUGGUGGAUGUUAAAGGUUUAGAACGAUCAAAUGAUCAAAAGUGUCGACAGUGUGUACCGAGUAUCAAAUAAAAUACUUUCUCUCAACUCCUUCUGUCUGAUGCUUAAAAGUGUGACCCGAAAUAGUGUGCAGUGCAUCUUUUUUCUGUUUCAUCCCUUUUCUCCUCCCCUCUGCACCCAAAACCUCUUCACUAUAAAUAAUGAGGCGCCAACUAGUUGGUUUUGACACGCCAGACACUUUUGUCGCAAACAUGGCAGAAGUGAAAAGCUGGGGCUUUUGGAGGGCUGUGGCUGCAGAGUUUGUGGGGAUGUUACUGUUCAUAUUCAUCUGUAUUGCGGCCGCCCCCGAGAAAGACGAGAAAGGGGUGGCUCAGGAGAUCAAGAUCUCGCUGACCUUCGCUCUGGCCAUCGCCACCCUAGCUCAGACUUUGGGGCACGUCAGCGGAGCGCACCUGAACCCCGCGGUCACUCUGGGACUCCUGGUCAGCAGCCAGAUCAGUGCAGUUCGGUGCGUCUGCUACAUCCUGGCACAGAUGCUGGGGGCAGUUACGGCUAGCGCUAUCGUGAAUGGAAUUAAGAGCAGAACAUCUCUUGGUGUUAAUGAGCUAAAUGUUGGUGUAGGAUCGGGUUUUGUCAUCGAGUUCUUUGCCACCCUUCAACUGGUUCUGUGUGUGCUAGCAGUGACUGACAAGCGAAGGAGUGAUGUUAAUGGUUUUGCACCGUUGGCCAUUGGACUGUCAGUGGGUCUUGGACACUUCGCUGCUAUAAGCUACACUGGAUGUGGCAUCAAUCCUGCUCGCUCCUUUGGUCCGGCUGUGAUAAAAGGCCAUAUGAGCAACCACUGGGUGUACUGGAUCGGGCCGAUGUGCGGCGGCAUAGCAGCGUCCCUUAUCUACGAUUUCAUUCUGUGUCCGCGGACACGUGGCUUCAGCUCUCGCAUGCACGUGCUUGUCAGAGGUCCAGAAGGUGAAGAUGGUACAGGUGAAUUUCGAGGAGAAGACGAUGACAAUCAAGAGCCGCACCAGUGGCCAAAACAAUGAACAUUGAUUGCACAUUGCUUUUCUGAUGCCAGAAAGAAAAAAAAAAAGUUUGUUUUUGUAGUUUUACUAUGAGCGUUUUAAUUGUUUUUACUUCCUGUUUUUGUCUUUUUUUUUUUUUUUUAAAGUAAGUCUGAAAAUAAAGGCACUUUUCAGUUUC